CGGCCCCCGUGGCACCUCCUCUCAGUCGCUGCCUGCAGCCUCAUCAAUCCCCAAUGGCGACGGGUGGCUGAGCAGGGGGGAAAGCCCGAGAGUGUACUCCCCUCCCCACCCAUGGCUUCCCUCGCCUCCCCUCCCGUCCCCUCCCACGCGCCCACCACCGCCGCUCGCUUCCUCCCCGCGCCGGCCGGCCGCGGCAGGCGCCCGUCGCCGCCGGCCGCUUCACCUAUCUUCUCCUCUGCUUCCACCCGAUUCACCCAGUCCCCGCGCGCCCCCUGCGGCGCCGCCCGACCGCGCCGGCGCGACACCGUGCGGGCAUGCUCUCAAGCUGGUGCAGCUGGGCCAGCUCCACUGUCAAAGACAUUAUCAGACCUAAAGGAUUCCUGCUGGAGAUUUUUAAGGCCACACACAAUUCGUGGAACUGCUUUGGGAUCCACAGCCUUGGUUGCUAGAGCAUUAUUAGAGAAUCCCCAAUUGAUCGAUUGGCGCUUGGUAUUCAAAGCAUUAUAUGGCCUUGUAGCUUUGAUCUGCGGCAACGGUUACAUUGUUGGGAUUAAUCAGAUCUAUGACAUUGGAAUUGACAAGGUAAACAAACCAUAUUUACCUAUUGCUGCCGGUGAUCUCUCAGUUCAGUCAGCAUGGUUACUGGUCGUAGCAUUCGCAGUGGUGGGCUUCUCAAUAGUCGUUUCAAACUUUGGACCUUUCAUCACCUCUCUUUACUGCCUUGGUCUAUUUCUUGGCACUAUAUAUUCUGUUCCUCCAUUCAGACUGAAGAGAUAUCCAGUUGCUGCUUUUCUUAUCAUUGCGACGGUUCGUGGAUUCCUUCUCAACUUUGGGGUGUACUAUGCUACUAGAGCUGCAUUAGGUCUUACAUUCCAAUGGAGCUCGCCCGUUGCUUUUAUUACAUGCUUUGUGACAGUAUUUGCUCUGGUCAUUGCUAUAACCAAAGAUCUUCCGGAUGUUGAAGGGGACCGCAAAUUCCAAAUAUCAACUUUGGCGACAAAGCUUGGUGUCAGAAAUAUUGCCUUCCUUGGCUCUGGUUUAUUGUUGGCAAAUUAUGUUGUUGCUAUUGUAGUACCUUUUCUUAUUCCUCAGGCUUUCAGGAGCUUUGUAAUGGUGCCUUUUCAUGCUGCUCUUGCAGUUGCUUUAAUUUUUCAGACAUGGGUUCUGGAGCAAGCAAAGUACAGUAAGGAUGCUAUUUCACAGUACUACCGGUUCAUCUGGAACCUCUUCUAUGCCGAAUACAUCUUCUUCCCGUUAAUAUAGAGAUAUGGCGUUUGACAUCGGCUACACGAUCGGAGCACGCACCGAAGCACGAAUUCGUUGGGGCAACAGAAGAGAAACCCUUUGUGGUCUAUAAAGCGUGAGCAAUUUUUGUACAUACUGUUUGACUGGUAGGGGAAUAGAGCGGCGAUGCGACGAGGAUCUUGACGAUGCUGUGGGAGUUCCCAUCCAUUGGGUCCUAGCGUUGAGCAGAUAAUGUAUUUACCCAGUAGAAAAUGACUGAGUUUUCGUGGUUGUUUCUGCCAAACAAAGAGGAAAAGAAAUGAAAGUGAAAAGGUAUCGGGCCUUGUUUUGGA